AAACUCCAAAGAUUUCUAAACCAAACAGAAAAUCCGACAUUUUCUCGUAAUUUUUUCUCUACGUCAGCUUCGGUCAUACCCACAAGCCCUUGUCUCUCUGAAUCUCAGCCUUCCCUGUAUCGACAUGCAUCCCCAAGAAAAGGUCAAAUAAAUCAGAAAAAUAAGCGUCGACAUUAACUUCUCACGGUUUCCUUCCUCUCUGUCUCUCCCCACUUCAAUCCUCAAAUCAUGUCACCAUAAUUUUCGUUUUUUUUUUCUUUGUUUUUCCUCUUUCUGAGGAAAACCCAAUAAAUAUCUAUACAGCUGAAUCAACAACAUUUCUACCGUUAAGUACUAAGAAUAUUUAUAGAAGUUCAUCGUUCUCUGUUCAUCCUCUGAUAUUUCGAUGAACACUGAUUUUUGGGCUUCUCGUCUCGCUGCCGCGAAACGGCAGUACGCGUUGCAGCACCACCACAACAGCUCCCAACUAGAUCGGUUGAGCAUCGAUGAUUUCGAGGUUGAGGACGAGGCCCGUCCCGAUUUUCCCUGUCCGUACUGUUACGAGGAUUACGACAUCGCCUCUCUGUGUUCGCAUCUCGAAGACGAGCACUCGUGCGAAUCAAGAGUCACUGUUUGUCCCAUUUGCUCUGUUAAAGUUGCACGGGACAUGCUAAGUCAUAUCACCCUGCAACAUGGACACUUAUUCAAGUUGCAGAGACGUCGCAGAUUACGUAGAGUCGCAAUUCCUAGUAGUCAGGCACUGUCUCUCCUUGGUCGGGAUCUUCGUGAGGCCCAUCUGCAAGUGCUUCUAGGUAGUGGGGGAUAUCGGUCAAGCAUUGCUAAUGCAUCUAAUACGGUUACAGAUCAAUUUCUUUCAUCACUUGGUUUGAACUUCUCAGCAACUGAAGCAGAAGAAAUUUCAAAAUCUGUGUCAUCCAGUGCUGAGGACACUUCUACUAUGAAAGCAGUAUCAGCACAUGCUUGGAAAUCAAGCUUUGAUCCUUCUUUGAGUUAUGAAGAGCGGGAAAGAAGGAUGAGACAAGCUGCUGGAAGAGCUGGUUUUGUGCAAGAUAUACUUCUCUCUACUCUGCUAGCUGACUAGUGGAAUCUAGUAAGUUACUACAAAAAUAAUGAUUAAUGAUCUGUUCAGUAAUCCUGUAAGUUGUACUUUUAGGUGGGAUGCUAAUGGUUUUUCCUCAGUUGACAACCCUCAAUACAUGUAGUUCUUAUUGAAGCAGCAUCGAUGAAUGUUUGAUCAUAAAAUUUCUUCCCGUUUAGCUCUCUAUCAAUCAGAUGUGUUCUAUCUUUUAACUACACUCUCCAGAGAGAUAACGGUCUUCCGGAUUAUUGAAAAUCCUACUAUCUGGGAUCGUUAUUUUGCAAGCUGAACCCUUCAAGCUUGAAACCAAUCUGUAGUAUGGCAAAAACAAAUGGAGCUCUGUGCUCUGGUUGGUUGCUGAGAAGUGAGAAGGGGCAGAUGAACAGAUGACUUGUGUUUGGAUGUUUACUUACAUUCCAAUGUAUUACAUAUUAAAUGAUUUCUCCACUGAAACCCAAAAUAUUUGUCAUUGGAGCAGCCUUUAUAAUGACAAUUCCAUUCCUAUUUUGUAUACGCUUUACUGAAACAGGGGCAAAAGGAAGGGGAAAAAGGAUUUUCAAUAAACAAGUUCUGACUCUUAACUCUCCACUGCAUUUUUUUAUUGUAUCCAGUCGUAGUAACUAGGAACAACCUCUGGGUUGGAGACAUUCAAUUUUUCUAGUGCUGUGGGCGACAGCUUUGCUUAGAUCAGACAACACAAUUUCCAUGUGAUGGUUGAGGCGGGGGGGGGGCGCCCGAGGCCUUGAACAAGAGGCGUGUCAGCCCUUUUCGCCCAGCAGUGCCUAAAAAAUUGUGCUACUUUAGUGCAAAAAAAGGACAGAAACUCACCACGUUUAACACGAUGUGUCCAUCUCAGGGGCUCACCCUGAGGAGGCAACCCUCUGCGCGCGGUGGCAGGGUCAAAAGAAAAACAUAUUUUAUGUUCGCGUGCUAUGAAUAUGAUUGCCCAUGAGCCACCCUGUCGCUACUCUCCUCCUUUAAUCAAUCAUCAAGUGCCUGUUACCUUUACUCGCUUAUCUAAUUAAAACUAGCAUACUUGCUUUUGGGUGGCACACUGAGCCUUUCAGCUUUCACUGCCUCUUGCAGGAGCUACUAAUCCCCAUGCAGCUCCUCCAUUAUUUUAUCUCGGCUGCUCUUCCCAUCCAUUCAAUGCUCGUGCUUGUGGUUCUAAUGGGAAGCGAGUAGGUCAAAUUUAUGUACCUCUGUGGAGAUGAGUGGAUGAGUGGGGACAUUGUAAGUGAUAAGCUAGAGUGGUGCUUCGCACAGUGUGCCUCAUUACACGACAGCGUAACCGACGCAAGGAAUUUGUUGGUAUUGCAUCGUCAUCCAUGUGCCAACCUGAAAAAGAUUGGCUCUAUGUUGACUAAAGAUGAAAUGCGGGCAUCUCCAUCCGCCCCUACUUCGAUAAAAGGCGGUCUAGGCCUUGCUCCUGUAUCCACAAAGUUGUUCACUAUUCUCUCCCGAUCCAGUUUUCCUCUGCCCUCUUUCAACCCUCCAGAAGGGUCGUUGAGCUGAUGCCGCGAGUACCCCGGCCAUCAUUUUCUGAUCCCCAGAAUGAAUUAGAUUUCUUCAAUUUAGAAGAUGAAGGCAGUGUCAAGGGAAGAUCCCUUCUCCAAAAAGAGGAGAUCUCGUGCAGCAAGCCAAUCUUAGGAAUGGAUGGUGUAGGAAAAGGUUUUCUUUCUUAUCUGUGGUACACAAAAGAGCUGGGAGUUGUUCUGCAAUCUCGGAUCAUAAUUGUUUACGUCCAUAGUAAGGAGAAGUAUGAAAUAUGAAUGUAUUUAUAAUAUGAAGGUUUGUUCGUAAUAACCUCAUAUUAUAUUAAAUACAUUCAUAAUAUGAUUUUUUUCGAGAAGAAUGAGCAAACUCGAUACAUAAAUUAGAUUUUAUAUCUAAUUUAAUUUAAAUAUUGAAGAUUGUUCCGUUUCUAUAAGUUUUCUCUUAUCAUGUUAAAGAUGAUGUAAUUUUAAGUAUAAAAUGAUAGGGAUAUAGAGAUAUUGUAUAUGAGAUUGUAUUGGAUAGCUGUUGAUUUGUUAUGGAAUGAUGUAAGCUAGCUGCUGUUAACACUA